CAAUAUACGAUAUAUGUUACCAUCUAGGUAAUCUAGACAUACAUAAAAGUCGUUUAAUGUAACCCCGUCUUUUAGUAGCCUUAGCCAUUGGGUGACUAGGUGAUGCAAUUUACGGGCAGAGCUGGGGUAGCUUUACCCCGGGGGAGGUACGUACAUACCUACAAUACCAAUCGGUGAUCAGACAAUUAUGAGAGAGACCAUUUGAUGACAAGGUGGAGUAAGGAAAUAAAGACCAGAAAGACUAAGUAGCCCCCCUUGUCUUCCACCUCUCCCCCUGGCUCCCCUGUCUCUUCCCUGCCCUUCCCCACUGCGUACCACAUACAGGUAUGCUACGUACAGACCCUGAACAAAGCUUUCCAUCUCCAUACACACCCCCAUUUCCCCCCCCAGAAUCCACUGAGAAAAUCCCCCAUGGCCUGCAUGGCUUAAUAUCCCAUAUUCUUUCCGUGUCUUACUUAAACUGUCGAGUUCCCCCAGUCGUCUCAAUCCCAUCCCCGGGUCUAUUUUUUUUUCUUUCUUUUCUUUCCUUCCCUAGUCGCGGUUAACAAAUCUUCGGAACUCUUAAGUACAAGCAGGAAGCGGGUGCUCUUCUUACCUAAGCGAGGGUAAUAAAAACGAGUGAUAGAGAAUAGUGAAUAGCCUGGUACCUCUUCUUAAGUCUCAACGACUCGCGACCGCAAUGGCUGAAACCGAACUGCACUCGGUGCCCACCGCCGAGAAGGACAUGAGUCCUGGCGCCACCACCACCGGCGCGCACACCAACGGCGGCGACACCACCCAACGCUACGACUAUGGCGGCAACCCGCUGUACCACGCCCACUCCGGCCCGGACGCCCGCCUUCCCGCCUUCGGUGGUGAGUUCCAGCCCGGCCUGUACAAGCCCAUCGAGCACCGCAAGUUCGCCAACCCCGCGCCCCUCGGCCUGUCCGCUUUCGCCCUGACCACCUUCGUCCUGUCCCUGAUCAACUGCGGCGCGCGAGACAUCAUGAAGCCGAACAUCGCCUUGUCUUUGGCUUACGGUUACGGCGGUCUGGUUCAGCUGCUGGCCGGCAUGUGGGAGAUGGCUGUCGGUAACACUUUCGGUGCUACCGCCCUGUCCUCCUACGGUGGUUUCUGGAUCUCUUACGCCAUCGUCCUGACCCCGGGUUUCAGUGUUCUCGCUGGUUACGGAGAGGCUGAGCAACACUCGGUUCUCGGAUUCUUCCUGACGGGCUGGUUCAUCUUCACCUUCCUCCUGCUCAUGUGCACCCUGCGAUCGACCGUCAUGUUCUUCAUGCUGUUCCUCACCCUUGACAUGGCCUUCCUCAUGCUGGCCUGCUCCGAAUACGCCGCUGCCAACGGUGCGGCUCACGCGAGCUUGAAGCUUGGACAGGCAGGUGGCGGCUUUGGUCUGCUCGCCGCCUUCUUGGCUUGGUACAAUGCCUUCGCUGGUAUUGCCGACUCUAGCAACUCAUUCUUCAUCAUCCCCGUCUUCCACUUCCCAUGGUCUGAGAAGGGACGACAGGCCCGCGCCAAGACUGCGCGCGAGAACGCUUAAAUCGAUGAUCGGUCUUAAGGAGUGGCUGGCUAUCUGGUUUUAUUUUUGGCCAAUUUUGUGACACAAAAGUUUUAUGUGGUGAACCUGGCGAUAGAUCGCGCGCAGCGUUCUGAAAAGCGAGGACACCCUAUGAUACCUACCUUACUUAAUAAUAUGUAUACGAUACAUAAGAGGAUUAUACAUGACGAUGUGGAGAAAGGGUGUAUGAUCUAUGUAUCUAAAAAGUAAUGAAAAGGGGGAGAACGCCGGUCUUCUUUCUCCGUGUUUAUGGCCAUCCUAUCACUUACCAUACUUGAUGUGAGAACGUGUUGUUGAGCCUUGACAUUGUUAUCGAAGUCCCGUGAAGUUCGUAUUCAGACCUCUAUCAAGAUAUCCCAUUAAGACCAACCUUACUCUAUUGGGCUUUACUUCAUACGCGUCUCGUUUGAUUAGUCAUAAGCAACGAGAUGCCGUACCUAGUACCGCCCUAGUGAUGCUUGUUUGACGAUCCUGGCAGUAUGAGCCAGAAACAAGAUCAAACGCAAGUGUUCUAGAACCAUUUCUGCUCGUGCUCAGACUAUCUACGUAUCAGCUUGGGUAUAAGACUGGGAUUAAGGCCAAGACCGGGAUCAGAUACAGUAGCGCUGGAGAUCUCAGGAGAGCGCAGUUGACUUAGAUGCAUACCGGACAUAGAAAAAGGGAAACUUCCGU